AUGUCUCCACCGCCAACCCAUCACGCCUCAGGAGCCGGAAAAACCUCACUCAUCUACCUCAUCAUCGCCCACGCCAUCCUCCCUCCCAGCUGCUCUUCCGCCCCUCUCUAUGGCCAAGAAGCAGCCGUCAUACUAUUCGACCCACUGCACCACUUCAGCAUCCCUCGACUAGUAGAAGUCAUGUCCAGCCUUUUCAAAACCAGCCUUGUCGCCACGGAAAAGGAAAUCAAUGACGUCCUCAAAUCCGACAUGAAAUCCGUAAUCAAGGCUGCACUACCACACCUCCACAUCUUCCGCCCACAGUCCUGGCCUUCUUUCCUAGCGACACUCGAUUCGCUACCAGAAUACCUUCUCAAUGAUAAUCCUCAACACAAGAGUAUGCACCGUCGCAUCCACUCCAUCAUCCUCGAAGACAUCGAUGCGUUCGUCUGGUCGAUACGAAAUACCAGUACUACCGUAUCUAGCUCCUCGAAUACCCUCGCGACGGCAUCCAUACAGCUUACCACCAGCGUUGCGAAACUGGGCAAGCUACUCUCCUGCGCUACAAUACUGACAUCGCAAUCUACCACGCUGUCAUCGUACCGGCCGUCGUUGCCUACAUCGUGGCCACAGGGCUCCCCAGUUACAAGAUUAGCAGUUCGGCGGGUAGAUGUGCUCAAGUUCGCUCCGGCGAUUAGUGUGGAAGAUGCUGAGAAGGAGAGAGUGCAGCGAUGGGAAGUGGUUAGUCGCGGCCGAUUUGAGUGCUGGAGGGUUGGUGUGGGCGCGAGAGACGGCGAAGGAUUUGUUUUCAGGGUAGGGAAGGGGAUUGAGAUGGAAAGAGAGGGUGGAAGGUGA